AUGGCAUUUAGGAACCCACUGGACGGCAUGGCUGGGAUGGGACAAAGAUUUGGGGCAGACCAGUUUUCUUGGAAUGCUCAAUAUCCUUUGGGUCGAAAAGGUGGAACUGGUGAGCUUUCUCCUGGAGGUAGGAAAAAUCCAGGCAUGAUAGGAAUGCAACAACAGCAGCCUCAGCAGCAGCAACAACCAGCACCAGUCCAACAGCAGCAACAGCAACAGCAGCAGCCACAACAGCAACAGUCACAGGUUCAGCAGCAGCAACCAUCUAAGGCAAGAAAGGUAACUUGUCUACUCCCUUCACUAGGAUUUUUUGAAGAUGAUGAUGAAACCAACAUGUAUAUGAAUCCGUCAAUAUUUAGGCCUGAGAAAGAGGUGCUGACUUCACAGUCCCCAUCACAACUGACACCAUUUACAGGCAAUUUUUAUAAUCAAGUGAAAUAUGCAAACACGAUGCCACUGUCCAAUCCAAAUACCGAAUGGAUGACACAGAAUGGUUGGCCAGAUCUCACUAGUACACCAAUGCCACCAAGGAGUCUUGGGUCACAGUUUCCACGAAGUAAUCAGGGCCAUGUCACACCUACAAGUAUGAAUCCUAAUUUUUCUAUAAGUUUACAACCUUUACAGCAAGCAUCUCCUAGCAGGAAUCUUAUUUCAACAAUGGGUCACAGAAAUAUUCUUGGUCCUACGCAAGCUAACCAAACACUUCCAGGUAUACAAAAACGGUCAUCAUUAUCUUCUGUUCUUGGAAACUCCAGUAAUCCAAUAACAAGUAUAUCUAGUAGUUUUGGUCUAUCGCAAACAAGAGCCGGUGAGAAUUCUCAACCCAGCCUUGAUCUGUCAGAAUUCCCUAUUUUAGGAAAUCGAACAGUUCCUUCAACCCCAGCUCCGUCUGCUAGGAGUUACGUUGGGAUGGUAAAUAAACCUGUCCAAGAACAAACACCAGAGUUCCAGAUCCAACAAGAAGACUUCCCUGCAUUACCAGGUUCACAAAAUCCACCAACAACAGCAAAUGAUUAUUCGCGAAAAACGCCUACCAGUUCUGUGUCGGGAACAUACGAACAAGCAGUGAGUAAAGAUGGUAAAUUCCAGGUAGAAAAGACAUCAAGUAGUAAGCCAAAUCGAGGAAUUCAAACGCAUCAUGAUGGUACAGUAUCGAAUAUCCCCCCAGGUAUGGUAACAGACCAAUUUGGAAUUGUUGGACUGUUGACUUUUAUUAGAGCUGCCGAAAAUGACCCCAACUUAGUAGCACUAGCUCCUGGAAUAGAUCUCACAACACUAGGCCUUAACAUGAACUCUCCUGAAAAUCUGUAUAGUACAUUUCAAAGUCCGUGGGCUGAUUCACCAUGCAGGCCACAAGAUAUAGAUUUUCAUGUACCUUGUGAAUACCUCACCAACAUCUACAUUCGAGACAAACUGCCUUUUCAUGCUUUCUUACAGCUAUCACCAGUGAAACUCAAUAGAUAUGGUGAAGAUUUGCUGUUCUUUCUUUUCUAUAUGAAUGGUGGAGAUGUAUUGCAGCUAGCAGCUGCAGCAGAACUAUACAACAGAGAUUGGCGGUUUCACAAAGAGGAAAGAGUUUGGAUCACUAGGGCGCCUGGAUUGGAACCAAUUGUCAAGACCAUCAACUAUGAACGGGGAACCUAUUAUUACUUUGAUGCCACCAACUGGCGAAAGGUUGCCAAAGAAUUUCACCUAGAAUAUGACAAACUUGAAGACAAACCCUUAACGCCUACCUCUCCUCACAUUUCUAACCAGCAAAUCAUUGCGCACUAA